AUGCAGGUCGAUCCUCAUGCUAUAUUUGUUAGUUCAUCAUGUAUGGAUUUACUUUUGAUUGAAAUGAUUCCUAUAAUGAAACGGCUAACAUUAACUACAAUGUCUUCCCCUCAAGUUCGUAGAGAUUUAAGUUUUGAGGCAUCUAGUUUAGUAGCCAUACAGCAUGAAGAUGAUGAACGCGAAGCUAUUUAUGGUAGAUUAGAAUUGUUAGGUUUUAAAGUGGGACAAAGACUUGUUGAACGAUUUUCGCAAAAUAAGUCACGUUUUAUGGAACCUCUUGAUAUGAUUAAAUUCAUUUGUAAAGAUAUAUGGAUGUUACUUUUUAAAAAACAAAUAGAUAAUCUCAAAACAAAUCAUAAAGGUGUUUAUGUCUUAACUGACUACUCUUUUUCUUGGUUUUUACGGAUGUCAACAAAAAUAGGAGGGCAGGAUGCAAUUAAUAAAGCGCAAAUUUUUCUUUGGUUUCCAUGUGGCAUGCUUCGGGGAAUUUUAACUAAUUUAGGGGAACAAUGCACUGUAAUUGCAGAUACAACUAAUUUUCCUGGUUGUACAUUUCAGAUUAAAUUGAUUAAUUCAUAA